AUGGACAUUGAAACAAACCUCACAGAAAACUAUGACUCUCAGCCAAUCCAGGUGCAAGAAAACUACUUGAAACCCAUGGGGGAUCAGCUUCCUUUUGGAGCUCCUUCCCCACAGGGUUUCUUGCAAGAUUUUCAUCAUAGUGAUGAGUUUCCUGUGAAUAAUGGCUCCUCAUCUAAUCCCAUUUUCGGGCUACAAACUCCAAAUUUUGAUCCCUUUGAUCAUAAUAUUGUAAACUGUGAAUCUGCACCUCCUGAUUUUGAAGAUUUUGAGUGCAAGCCUUUUGCUGAGAGUAAUGGUAGUGCACGUGCUCAUCCGAUGGACAAUUUCCAGUAUGUAGGUUAUAGUUUAAACCUCCCUCGGACGAAUCAACUAGAUAUGGUGGUGACCAACCAAAGAUAUCUGCCCUUAACUGUUCUUGAAACCAACCCUUUGAAUUAUGUUGUACCAGAUGAAGUCUCAUGCAUAUCCCCACCAAACUAUUGUAAGAGAGUUGGUUUGAAUAAAAACCUUAGGGAAUCUCCACGAACUAGGAGAACAUUCAAAGCUCGGAAGAACUCCAACAUAGUGAAGGGACAAUGGACAUCAGACGAAGACAGAUUGUUGAUGCAACUGGUCGACCAAUAUGGAAUGAGGAAGUGGUCACAUAUAGCUCAGGCGUUGCCUGGAAGAAUAGGGAAACAAUGCAGAGAACGAUGGCAUAACCAUUUAAGGCCAGACAUUAAGAAGGACAUAUGGACCGAAGAAGAAGAUAAGAUACUGAUCCAGGCUCAUGCAGAGAUAGGAAAUAAGUGGGCAGAGAUUGCAAAAAAAUUACCUGGAAGAACUGAGAACUCCAUCAAAAACCAUUGGAACGCAACAAAGAGAAGACAAUAUUCCAAAAGAAAGUGUCGUUCAAAGUACCCUAGAUGCUCUCUUCUUCAGGAAUAUAUCAAGAGUUUGAAUUUAGACCAAAAUCCACCAAUAGACUAUCGAAAAAAAUCUGCUAAAAAUGCCAAUGCCAGAACAAAUAAUAACGGCAAAGCAGCAGCUCAGACCCUGUGUGCUGAUCAAUUCUGUCUCAACGGUCAGUUGGUGCCAAAGUAUGAUUUUAACGAGGUCCCAGAUUUUUGUUUAGAUGAUAACUUGUUUGAAGAGGGUUGUAGCAUUGAUUCUCUGCUAGAUGAUAUGCAAAGUGCUUCAACUAUGGAUGAGAAUUUUUUUGAUAGAAAAGUGCAAUGUGCUCCUACUAUGCAGGGAAAGCAAUCUCAUCAAGGAGGCAUCAUGCAGUGUGUUCAUGUCGUUGAUGUUGAUGAGCAUCACGAGCUCAAGAUGAUGACACCAAUUAUGGGAAUUGAAGUUAAGAAGGAGCUGGAUUUAGUGGAGAUGAUAUCGCACCAUGUUAAUGAAAGCAUUGGUGUAUGA